UACAGGAGCUGCAGGACCAGAAAACACCCAGAUAGAGACAAAACUGUCGCAGUAGCCCACACCAUGGCUCAGGACGGGGUGAUACUGCAGUUCAACUUUGCCACAUUCGGGGACUCCAUGCUCCAAAAGAUGGAUGCUCUUCGUCGAGACAGGCGUUUUUGUGAUGUGGUGGUCCGCAUCAAUGACUUGGAGGUGCCUGGACACAAAGUGGUGUUCGCUGCCGGCUCCCCUUUCCUCAGAGACCAGUUUGUCCUUCAGGACUCGAAUGAAGUCCAAAUAGCUACACAGCAGGAUGCUGAGGUAGGUCAGAAGCUUCUUCUGUCCUGCUACACCGGGACGCUUCAGUUCCCAGAACUUGAAUUAGUACACUAUUUAACCGUAGCCAGCUUUCUGCAGAUGGGUCAUAUUGUGGAGCAGUGCACCGAAGCGCUAAAUAAAUUCAUAAAACCACAUGAGGUCAAAGAUGAGCGUGCAUCAUCGCGACAGCCUUCAGACUUUACCCCUCAGCGCAAUCAAGCGGCUGUGAAGAAAGUGUGUGAUGAAGAGGAUGAGGUGGACAAUGAAGAAGAUGAGUUUGAUGAUGAUGAUGACGAUGAUGAUGUGAUCAUACAGCCCAAAUCUCCACCAGCGGUGUUUAGAAACAACAACAGUAGAGAAGACAGUCCGAUUAGCAUCGUUAAAGUGGAGUCAUUAGAUGAGCGCGUGCCUGACAACUUCCAGAGUCGCUCCAGUCGCAGUCGCUCCCCAACACUACGCUCACCUGAGCCACAACACUCCCUGAUAAACUCCACCGUGGAAACCCGGCCUGCUGAAAUCACCGUUAAUCCCACAGCUGAAUAUUCAAUGUCUACACCCGGACCUAGCGGAUCUGGGAAGGGGAAUCUAUGGGGGGGAUGCUCCAGGAACGGGGAGAAGAGCAUGCAGUGGUACCACCAGUGCCCAAAAUGCGCACGUGUAUUUCGUCAGCUGGAGAACUACGCCAACCAUCUGAAGAUGCACAAGCUGUUUAUGUGCCUCCUGUGUGGAAAGACGUUUACCCAGAAAGGAAACCUGCACCGGCACAUGCGGGUCCACGCCGGCAUCAAACCCUUCCAGUGUAAGAUCUGCGGGAAGACGUUUACUCAGAAGUGCUCGCUGCUGGACCACCUGAACCUUCACAGCGGGGACAAACCACACCGCUGUAACUACUGCGACAUGGUGUUUGCGCACAAACCAGUUCUCCGUAAACACCUGAAGCAGAUCCAUGGGAAAAACAGCUUUGAUAAUGCCAACGAAGGCAGUUUGCUGGAAGGAUUAUAAGUUUGUAGGAAUAUUGCGUAUGUGUAUUUUUUAAUAUAUGCGACAUGGACUUUGUCUCAACAAGUGGUUCUCAAAAAGGAGUGCCUCAGUAAACUUCAAGGAGCAGAGCUGUAAACGGAUUUAAAAUGUCGUUAUGAAACCAUAAUCUUCAUGAAAAUCCCUUUUUAUUUAUUUUUAUUACAACCAGAAGGAAAAAGAGGACAUUUCGGUAAUAUCUUCUUUGACAAACAGGGGCCUUGAAGUCAAUUAGCCUGCAAUCCACUGGUGUUAGAAGGAUAGUUCAUCCAAAUUAUCACCAUUUACUUGCACUCAAGUGGUUCUAAACUUGUUUGAGUUUCUGCUGAAGACUGUUGGAAACCAGCAGGGUAGAUACUGGAUUCAACACCAAUUUUAAAAGGUCAAUGUCCAUUUUGCAUUUGAGCACUGUUGAGUGCAUUCUUAAACACCGCUGAUUUAAUAUUGAGUUUUCUGGGUUUUAUUAAUUUUCCUUCGGCUGAAGCCUGGUUUAUACUUCUGCGUCAAGUGACCGGCGUGACCCACGGCGCAUGCAACGCACGUUGCUGUGCAUUUAUACUUCUGCGCGCUGUCUCUGUCGGUCUGAAUUAACACUUCCGAAACGCUAGUGGGCAGUGAGGUGUUAAUGUUCCUCUGUGUUGAGUUUCUUCUCUGCUGUUUUGCUUUUCCUGAACACUUCUUGGAUGUACAAGUGGCUCAAACUCGCUCAUUUUGAGGCAGGAACCGGCAGAUGUGCAACAACUUUAACUAUGAGAUAAACACAAAACAAAACUUUCCAUCAGGAGCUCCUUCACGGGACUCCACAAUCGUGAACAUUGUGCUCGCAUCCAGCUCGCGCCAUUCGCGCGGCUCUCGGUCUUGCCCAGACUUGUCAGUGCUACCAAACCGACCAAUCACAGAGCUUGCGCUACGCGCCGUUGCGACGUGUAGUUACAAUUUUGAGAGGUGCACGUCAGCGACGGCCACGGCGAAGUGCUAUGCGUCAGCGCCGGAGCAUACGCCGGCGUUUGACGCAGAAGUAUAAAUCAGCCUUUAGUCUCUAAUUUAUCAGACGUUGCCACCGUUGAAUGAACCACCAGCUAUUCUAGCAUAUGUUUUACGCAGCAGAUGCCCUUCCAGCCACAACCUAGUACUGGAAAACAACCAUACACUCUGACAUUCACACACACUCUUACAAUACGGCCAACUCAGUUCAUCCAAUUCACCUAUAGUGCAUGUCUUUGGACUGUGGGGGGAAACACAGAAAUGCCCACUGGCUUAGCCGGGGCUCGAACCUGCGACUUUCUUGCUGUGAAGCAACAGUGCUAACCAUUGAACUGCUGUUUUGCCAUACAGUAUACUUUGGUACAGUAAUAAAAAAAUAAUCAUUAUUAAAGUUACUGCCUGAAUGCUUCCAAAAGUCUUCAAACAGUCACAGACCUCAAAAACACAAUCAAAUGACACAUUAUAACAGACUCAACAUUGAAAAUCCUAUUGCGAAUGAUCACAUUGCAAUUAUGAUGCUGGAACAAUAUAUUGUGCAACCCUACUGUUUUUAGUUCCAACAUUAGAAGACAAUGUAUGCUGCUUUCCAACAUUCUUCAGAAUAUCUUUCUUUUUUAUUCACCAGAAUAAAAUUAAACCGGUGCAGGAUGUGUAAAUCUCAUAUUUGGGUGAACUAUCCCUUUAAUUCAUAAGUGUACACUGAAGGUGUGUUCAUACUUGUAGUUUGGUUCUUGUGCUUAAAAUGCGCUUGUAUGUGUGUACAUGUGAUCGUAUUUCAGCUCAGAACUUAUGAAGAGAUACAGGUUCAUGCUAGCUAAACGUACCGUACUCUGACGUCAAACAAACCCGCGUGCGGACCAGAAGUGCUAGUGUGAAAGCACCUUAAGUUUGAACACACCUGUCCAGUAUGAACACACCUUUAGUAACAAUUGAUUGAGAUACACGUCCAGUCAAAUGCCUCAUUUCCUCUGAACGGUACGGGUCACCCUAAUCAGACCUGCGUUUUCACUGCUAACGGUACCUUUAUAGUAAACGAUCAAGUUGAUUCUUGCUCAAAAAAGAAAGCUGUACAGGUGAUUGACAGGAGCGUUCACAAUGAAUCCUCUUUAUCUUUUGAAUGCUGCUGUUGCAUCAUUUGACGUUAUUUUAUCUUUUGUAAAGAUUCCACCUCUGCACUAUAUUAUUACAGUAUACCCGAUGAGAUCGUAUUUCAGUUUUGAAUGCUAAUGUAGUUCUUCCUCAUUUGCAUACAGCCGUUUUACGAACACUACGUGCAACUCUUGGUCUGUAAAGAAUGUUUUCAUAUUUCCAUCAGUGUGUGAUUUAUCAGAAAAUCGACAGUGAUUCAUUAAACGACUGCAGUCAGAUACUGCAUGAAACGUGCA